AUGAUCGCCCAGCCACCUUCAACUAGCGCUUUCGCCCGAAGAGUCGUGAACCCACUUGGCUUUAUCAAAGUCUACAACUUUUGGUUGUACAUAAUCUUCGGUGGAGCACUUACUGACUUCGUCCUAGCACGUUUUUCCUACCUUAACUUUUCGCACAACUUCUGCCCGGCCGACGGAUCGAGCGAGAGUGGAAACAGCGCAGCCCCAGGAGAAUGCUAUUACUACCUCAACUUCACACAAUACAAGGUCGGCAUCUUACUUCAUCUGGGGGGUAUUCUUCCUGCUAGUUUGAUUGCUGUUGCACACAUCGGGGCAUGGAUGCUUAGGGGAUGGUUCUACGCGGGUGCCAUUGUCACUCUCCCCAUUAUUCUCAUCAUUUCGGCUCGAGUAACUGCAAAGCAAGGAUACUACGUCGUCUGGACAUGCGCAAGGAUCGCCGCAACCAUCACCCCUGACAUUGAUCUUGCGAAUUCGUAUCCAGCAUUAUCAGCCGUGGCAGCGACCUUUGGGGUAGGAGACGCAGCGAAUACGGGCGCAGCAUUUAAUGCAGGAUUUGGCAUGGCACUAUGGCUCUCUCUUGCGCUGCAUGCUAUUGGUGUUGAGAUUUAUCUACACCUUACGCCGAGAGAGGCCCAAAGGUUGAGACAAGUAAGCUAUCAAAAACAACUCGAGUCCGGCAUGCGUAACCCGGGUUCGGCGGGUCUCACAGCAGAUCGGUUGGGUGAUGCACACAGGUGGUCGCCUGACGUGCCAGAAGAACAACACAGUACAAGCUCGGCAGAAGUUGUAACCAUGGUAUCUGAUUCAGUGCUAGACAGCAAAUGA